AUGUUCCCACUAAUAUAUUGGCUCGUAUCAUGGGUAGCUUUGGUGGCUGCCGACACAGAGCAGGCUCUUAAAUUGACGGAGCUCUCGUUGUCACUUCCAGAUGGGGUGAUCCCGAUCUCCAAUGGCGAACUCAGCGCCAUUUCAGAGGCCCACAGAGAACACUACACUUUAAUUGCGCUCACAUCAACAGACCCAAAACAUGACUGUGAAUCGUGCAGAGACCUCGAGGCGAUGCUUCUGACCGUAGCCAAAGCGUGGUUUGCAGAUCAUACUUUUUCAAACUACCUCUUCUUCGCUAAGAUUGACAUUGCUGACCGCUCCAAUAAACCUGUGUUCGACUAUCUUCAGUUGAAGUCAGUACCCCAGGUCUGGCUCGUACCUCCAUCAGCCGUUGUCGAGAUUCAUAGCAAGAAAAAGAGGCCUGUCGACGAAGAUGGGCAGCCGAUUUUCGGAAAGUACGAUAUGCUUCUCGAACCGCACGCUGAGUUUGAGAUCCCCAAUGCUGAUCUCAACACUCAGACGUUCCAGCUUGCGGAUUGGCUUGCUCAUGCUAUACAGAAACGCAUAUACCUCAGGCAAGAGAACCCACAUUUGAAGUUUAUCGUUGCGUUUGCAUCGACGUUCGCUAGCAUCCUCUACCUCAAGAAAAGAGGGCCAUCGUUCUUAACAAACACCGUGAGCAAGACUCUCAUUUAUAAAAUCAUCACGCUCACUGUGCUUCUUGUGAUUCUUGGCGGGUACUCCUUCACUACAAUCGAGGGCAUUGCAUUUUUGGCCAGAGACUCCAAGGGCAAGAUAAUGUAUGUAAGCGGGAGUCUCAAUUGGCAAUUUGGGGACGAGAUCGUUCUUGUUGGAGGGCACUACUUCAUGCUAGGUGCAACUCUUGCGCUCAUGGUAUAUUUGGGUCAGUAUAAAGUGGGAUCAGAAAAGGUGAUUGCAAAUGAGCAGGCACGCUUUGUGCUUACCUUCGCCGCCGCAGGUAUGCUCUAUUUGCUCUACAGCUCCCUAACAAGCAUGUUCUUGAGGAAAGAUCCCGACUACCCGUAUCAUUUGCUCAAGCUUUUUUGA